AAGCCAAAAUCAACCACUUAAUUAAAAAAAAAAACAAAAAACAAAAAACAAAAGAAAACUUAACAGUGUCACCUUUCUCUACCCAAAAUCAAAAGUGGGAAUAUAAUCAGAAUUUUUAUCUAGAUUCUGUUCAUUCCUUCAACUCAAAGGAAUCUAUUUCUUCCAUUUUCAUUUGGAGGGAUAAAAGGAAAAAGAAGAGAGAUCCAUAGAGAGAAAGUGAAAUACUGAAAUGGGAGUUUUUUCCAAUAAGAUCGAUCGUGAUCAACUCAAGCCUGGUGAUCACAUUUACUCAUGGAGACAAGCUUACAUCUAUGCUCAUCACGGAAUAUAUGUUGGUGAUGAAAUGGUGAUCCACUUUACGAGGGGAGGAGGGCAAGAAAUUGGAACAGGAACCGUGUUGGACCGUUUCCUUUGCAGUUCAUCAGCAUCCAAUGCUACCGGCACUCCCUGCCCAAAAUGCGGCGACCAGAAUAAGGAUGAUGGUGUCAAAUCUUCUUGUUUGGAUUGCUUUCUCUCUGGUGAUAGUCUCUACAUCUUCGAGUAUGGUGUCUCACCUGCAUAUUUUCUAGCCAAACCUCGUGGCGGCACUUGUACCCUUGCAGUUUCUGAUCCAAAUGAAGACGUCCUUCGUCGCGCUUCAUUUCUUCGUAAAAAUGGAUUUGGCGGUUACAACGUUUUCAACAAUAACUGUGAAGACUUUGCAGUUUACUGCAAAACUGGUCUGCUGAUAUUCACAAGCAUCAGUGUUGGUCGGAGCGGACAAGCUGCGUCAUGCGUGGCUGCUGCUAGUGCUGUGGUUUCUGCACCACUUCGUUUUAUGACGACCAGUUUCAGUGGUUUGGCUGCUGUUGGAUAUGGCAUUUACUGUGUGAGCCGAUUGGUUUCUGAUAUCGGUGUUCGCCGUGAUGUUUCCAAAGUUCCGGUUGAAAGGCUUAUAGCAUCACCUGACAUAGAUGAACCUGAGAAGCUGGAAACCCUUGUAGCUUCCCUUGACACAGAUGAACCUGAGAAGCUGGAAACCCUUGUAGCUUCACAUGGCAGGGAUGAACCUGAGAAGGAAGCUGUCAUUAACAAAGAAGAUUAGAGUUUGGUUGGACAAACUACAUGUUGAAUGUUAAGAUUAUAUGUAUGUUUAAUUUAUGCCUUGUUUGUUAAAUGUACACUGGUAAAGUUUAAUUAUCUCCCUCCAACAUUUAUUGCUUGCGUGUGUUUUGUCCAGCAAAUUGAACUGAAGUUUAAGUUGUUUUAUGUUUGUACA